UUCAGAUGACUGUAAGUCAGUGGACUAGAUCGCAGAAAAGAUCUACCUAAUUCAGAGCCACCCAACAGAAAUUACAUGUUUUGUAUCAAUAAACAAAUGGUCAUGAACACUUUGAGUAUGGGUUAAGCUUCCUGACACUGUCAAACAUCUCUCUUUGGCAAAUUACCCUUGGCAGAAAAACUAUGGCUUGCAAAUGCACAUGGAAAGAAGUUACUCCCUUUGACGGUGCCACCCACUAUCUCAGGUAUAAAUGCAGACCAGGCAGGGUGGAAUUCGGAGCUAUGAUUCCAGAACAACUGUGAGACCAGCUUUGACUUUUAACCUGAGUCAUUUGCUACUGCCAUUAUGAGCUGUGGCUCCAAGCAGACCUCGAAAAGCUGCCUGCGAGGGAGCAGUGGUGGCAGUGGUGGCAGUGGUGGUGGUGGAGGAGGCAGUAAGUAUUCCUCUGCCUCCUCGAGCAGAAUCACUUCUAGGACAAGCGGUGGUGGCAGGAUUUCUGGCAGCAGUUGUGGUGGAGGAAGUUCCAGGAGCAGCUGGGGAGGCGGUGGCAGUUAUGGGAAGAUCAGGCGCAGUAGUUAUGGAGGAGGAAUGAGCAGCGGUAGCUGUGGAGGAGGAAUGAGUGGUGGUUAUUAUAGAGGGGGAAUGAGCGGUGGUGGCUAUGGAGGGGGACUGGGCUGUGGCAGCAUGGGAGUAGGCUUUGGAUCUGGUGGGGGUGGGUUUGGUGGAGGUUAUGGAGGAAGCUUUGGUGGAGGAGGUGCUGGUUUCAGCGGUGGCAGCUUUGGCAGUGGUGGCUUUCAUGGAGGGAAUGUGGGAAUUCUCUCCAACGAUGAAAAGCUGACCAUGCAGAGCCUUAAUGAACGACUGGCUUCUUACCUGGAUGUGGUCAGAAAUUUGGAAAUGGAAAAUGCUCAGCUUGAACAGUUAAUCAGGGAGUGGUACCAGAAGCAAGGUCCCACUGGUACAAAGGACUACAGCCACUACUAUGGAAAAAUUGAAGACCUUCAAAAUCAGCUGGUGACUGCAGCUGUGGAAACCAACAAGGUACUUUUGGACCUGGAUAACACAAGGAUGACUGCAGAAGACUUCAGGAUAAAGUACGAGACAGAGUACGGUCUCCGGCAGAACGUGGAGGCCGACAUUAAUAGCUUGCGACCCUUAUUGGAUAACCUGACUCUGAACAGGUCUGACCUGGAAAUGCAAUUUGAGUCUCUAAAGGAGGAGAUGAUUGACCUCAAGAAGAACCAUGAGGAGGAAAUGAAAUCACUGCAAACACAGUCCAGUGGUGAUGUGAAUGUGGAGGUGAAUGCUGCUCCUGGAGAGGAUCUGCUGAAAAAACUGAAUGAUAUGAGACAAGAAUAUGAACAUAUUAUUCAGAAAAACCGUGAAGAGGUUGAAAGGUGGUAUGAAAGCAAGAUUGAGGAAGUGAGUCAACAAGUCCAGUCAAGUGGCCAGGAAGUGGAAUCAAGCAACCAACAGAUCUCUGCACUGAGACGUGACUAUCAGAGCCUGGAGAUUGAACUGCAGUCACAAAUCAGCAUGCUACAGUCUUUGCAAUCCAACGUGGAAGACACAGAACGUCGUUACAACAUGCAGCUGCAGCAGAUCCAGGGUAUGAUCGGCCCCUUGGAGGAGGAGCUGGCCAGCAUCCGCUGCGAGAUGGAGAGUCAGAACCAGGAGUACAAGAUGCUCCUGGGCAUCAAGACCCGCCUGGAACAGGAGAUUGCUCAGUACCGGGCACUGCUUGAGGAAGGGCAGCAUGAUAUUAGCUUCUCACAGGGAGGAGGUAGCGGUGGAUCUUCGGGAGGAGGAGGUCAUGGAGGAACUAGCUGGUGUUCUGGAAGAGGAAGUAGUGGAGGAGGAAGUAGCUGGUCCUCAGGUGGAGGAAGCAGUGGAGGAAAAACUGGAGGAUCCUACGGAAGAACUUCCUCUUCUGGAGGUGGAGGAGGCGAGAGUGGAGGAAAAAUAGGAGGUGGAGCCUGUGGUAAAACUUCAGGUGGAGGAGGUGGCAGUGGUGGCGGAGGAGGAGGGGGCAAAUCCUGCCUCUCCCGCUCUUCAUCUUCCCAGUCUGGCAAGUCUUGUGAAAGCCCAGGAGGUGCUGAAAACAUGAAGCUCUGCCUGGAGGGGAAUAAAACAUUGGAGAGAGGAGCAACAAUGGAAGAAGUGUCUGAGGCCAUAAAAACGAUGAGAUUGGGUAAGUCUCCAGGUCCUGACAGCAUCUCAGACAAAUGCCUGAAAAUGUUGAAAAUGAACAGGAAGUUAUACUUUUUUAGAAAGGUUCUCACCCACUUGUGAUCUUUUUUUUAAAAAAAAGAUGGAAAAUGAUCCUGCUUUGGGGCUUCCACUUACUCCUUCUAGGUAAAGAUGUAGCCUGUCUCACAAACAUGCUUUUUUCCAUCACAGACUAACAUUUGGUCACGAAAGUAUUGGCUGUAGACUGAAAGGCUUGAAGCCAUCAAUAUAGAAAGUUAAGAAUACUACACAGACUCUCUUGCUGCUGAAAACAAAGGCAGCGAAUUCAGAAGGCUUUUGUGUAAUGAGUAAGAUUUUUUGGUAAGGUUUGGUGUUGAUGAGAUCCUAGUUUCUAAAAAUUAAUAGCCUUUGCCAACUCCUCCAUAAAAAUGUAUUCCUUUGAUAAAACAACCUACCUGACUUGCAACACUCCUACGUAUACUAAUGCUUUGUAGGCAAGAUUGAAAUAUAUUAUGCGCCAUCCACCUUUAACUUAUAAAAAUUUGUUGUAAAUAUCCAUACGCACAUAGAUACGGAUUCUAAGUUUGUCUGUAUUUGAUUUAUACUGCUACAGUGUCUAAAUUUAAAGAGUGUUUUACACUUACACAGUUGAGAAUACAAGCAGGUCCAUGUAUUUAGGAUGAUAAAGCUGCAAACACCCAUGCUUGUACAAAUGUAAAGUCUAACACUGUUCUAAUCUUUCCAGAAUGCUGGGGAAAAGAUCUAGCCCAUGAACCGCAAAAUCUAUAAUUAUGAAAUAAUAAAAAGAUUAAGAAUGCUGAAUGAAAUAACAUUUCUUCAAAUAAAUUCUUGCUUCCCUUCAUCU